AUGCACUCACGGCUUCUCCUAACUGCCCUGUUCCUGGGCUUCAUUGCCCUGGUCUCGGCGUCCGCCAUCCCCAUCCAGAAGCGUUCCUUCAAGGUUGAGCGGAGGGCAAACCCCAACUUCACUGGAAACGAUGGUCUCAAGGCUCUCGGCAAGGCGUACCGCAAGUUCGGCUGGGACAUGCCCCAGAACUUGAAGGAUGCUCUCGAAGUCCGCAAGGCUGCUGAUACGGCUCGCCGGGCUGCUGCUGUUGCUGCUAGGGAGGCUGCUGCCCAGAAGAAGAGCCGUCGAUCACUGUUGGACAUUCUGGGCGAGCUUGGUGUCUUUGGCAACAGCGGUAACGCUGACACUAAUGGCGACGACGCCAAUGCCAAUGCCAAUGGCAACGGCAACGCUGGCAGUGGCAGCGGCAGACAUCAUCACCACGGCCAAGGCAACGGUCAAGGUCAGGGUCAGGGUCAAGCCGGCGGAAACCAGACUCAGUCGGAUCCCGCAGCUCAGCAACCCGCCUCAGGCCAGACCGGAAGCGUCACAAACACCCCUGAAGGCAACGAUGUCGAGUUCCUAUCCCCCGUCAACAUUGGUGGCCAGACUCUCAACCUCGACUUCGACACCGGCUCUUCCGAUCUCUGGGUGUUCAACACUCAGAUGGACCCCCAGCUCACCGCCGGCCACACCCUCUACGACCCUACCAAGAGCAAGACCUUCCAGGAGAUCCAGGGUGCCCAGUUCCUCGUCCAGUACGGUGACGGCUCUGGCGCCGAGGGCACCGUCGGCACCGACGUUGUCAACGUUGGCGGCGCCGUCUUCAACGCCCAGGCUGUCGAGAUCGCCACCGAGGUCACCCAGCAAUUUGUCGACGACCAGCAGAACGACGGCCUCAUGGGCCUUGCCUUUUCCACCCUCAACACCGUCCAGCCCCAGCAGCAAAAGACCUUCCUCGACAACGUCGCGCCGUCUCUCGCCGAGCCCGUCUUCACUGCCGAUCUCAAGAAGGGCGCUCCCGGAACUUACACUUUCGGCGCCAUUGAUUCCACUGCUUUCCAGGGCGACCUGACCUUUGUCGACGUCGACAACUCUCAGGGCUUCUGGCAGUUCAGCAGCGAGUCCUUUGCCGUCGACGGUGGUGCUACCCAGCAGGCGACCGCUGGUGGUCAGGCCAUUGCUGAUACCGGCACCACUCUCCUCCUUGCCGACCCCAUCAUCGUCAACGGCUACUACUCCCAGGUUGAGGGUGCUCAGAACGACCAGCAGGCCGGUGGUUUCACCAUCCCUUGCGAUGCUCAGCUGCCCGAUCUGGACCUUGACGUUGGUGGCAAGUAUGUUGCCCGCAUCAGCGGUUCCGACCUCAACUUCUCGCCCGUUUCGGGAAACACUUGCUUCGGCGGUCUUCAGGCCACUACCCAGGGCGGCCUGGGUGUCUACGGCGACAUCUUCUUCAAGUCGCAGUUUGUGGCCUUUAACAUUGGCAACAACACUUUGGGACUGGCCCCCCAUGCUUAG